GAGAAGCAGUGUGCCGGGGAAGAUGCAGCUCCCUAUAUUUGUAGUAGAUGCUUUUACUAGCGAAGCGUUCCGGGGGAACCCUGCCGCUGUUUGCCUCCUAGAAAAUGAACUGGAUGAUGAAACGUGCCAAAAAAUUGCAAGAGAAAUGAAACAUUCUGAAACAGCUUUUAUCCAGAAGCUCCAUCCAACAGGCAACUUUACCCAAAAUUCCUGAUUCAGGCUAAGGUAGUUCACUCCUACGACUGAGGCUCCUUUCUGUGGUCAUGCUACAUUGGCUUCCUCUGCCAUGUUAUUCCACAAAAUAAAAAACAUGAAUCCAGCUCUAACUUUUGUCACUCUAAGUGGGGAACUGAAAGCCAGACGGGCAGAAGACGGGAUCAUCAUGGAUCUGCCACUUUGUCCCACCCAUCCCAAGGAUGUUAUAGAAGUCCAGGACUUAAUCAAGGUGGUGCUGGGCAAUGUGCUGGUUCAGGAUGUCCAUUAUUCUCCAGACACCAAGUACCUCCUUGUUCGGAUUGACGACUCUCAUGGAAGGUCCUUCCUAGAGAACCUGGAAGUGAACACAAGGAAUCUGACAGAGAUUGACAGUACAGGGAAAGUGCAGGGACUCUUGCUCACCGUGAAGGGCGAGGGAGGCGGAAAGACCCAAGGUUAUGACUUCUACUCCAGAUUUUUUGCCCCCUGGCUUGGUAUAAGGGAAGACCCCAUCACAGGGUCUGCCCAUGCCGUUCUUGGUAGCUACUGGUCCCAGCAGCUGGGGAAGAAGGAAAUUCAGCGUGUCCCAUCUUAUUACGCUGAUGGGAAAAUGGGCGGCGUCCUGUUGUUCAACCGGACAAAGGAGCAGCUGGGCACAAUGCGGAGAGGAGUCAUCAAGCAGCUGGAGAACACGGCGCCAAAUGUGCUGAGGCUGGACGAGGUGGCCGCCAGCGUCCCUUCUCUCCUGAGCUCUGCCAUCAGCACCCGCUACUCCUUUGUUCGAGUUCCAACUUGCAGUGUCCAUUUUGAUCUCAGCUGA